CCGAAACCAGUGUCGAAGCCUGAACUCAGGGGAGUUGUGCAGCUUCAUUCACGUCAAACAUCGACUUCGAGCUGCGAAUAGAGCGCUGUACUCCACGCCCGUCCAUCCGAAAAUGCCUCCAACUGCAGAGACUACUCAACUGCGCGUCGACCCGUCGCUCCUGCAAACGGUGAACGACGUUCUGCACACUAAUGACGGCGAUACAGUGCUAUUCAGCUCGGAGUCCGUGGGUGAAGGACAUCCCGAUAAGAUGUGCGAUCAGAUCUCUGACGCUAUCUUGGAUGCCCAUCUCAAAAUCGAUCCGCACGCCAAGGUGGCGUGCGAAACCAUCACCAAGACCGGCAUGGUGAUGGUUUUCGGGGAGAUAACUUCCAAAGCGGUUGUCGACUAUCAGAAGAUCGUGCGCGACACCGUCAAAUCGAUCGGGUACGACUCCUCCGAGAAGGGCUUCGAUUACGCCACUUGCAACGUUUUGGUUGCCAUAGAGCAGCAGAGUGAGGAAAUCGCUAAUGGGGUGCACGUCGAGAAACGCAUCGAGGAAAUCGGUGCGGGAGACCAGGGUCUCAUGUUUGGAUACGCCACCGACGAAACCGAGGAAUGCAUGCCGCUCACCGCGAUGCUCGCUCACAAACUGAAUCAGAAGCUUUCCGAAUUGCGACGCAACGGCACUUUCCCGUGGGCGAGACCCGAUACCAAAACUCAGGUGACUUGCGAGUACAAGUUCGAGAAAGGUCGAACGGUCCCGCUCCGAGUCCACACUGUGGUGGUAUCGACUCAGCAUUGUAGCUCGAUAUCCCUCGAAGAUCUACGGGAACAAGUUCUCGAAAAAGUCGUUAAGGUCGUGAUCCCCGCCAAUCUUCUGGACAACAAAGCCGUCGUGCACAUCAACCCUUGCGGGAGAUUUGUUCAGGGCGGACCGAUGGGAGAUGCGGGGCUGACGGGUAGGAAGAUCAUUGUGGACACCUACGGAGGAUGGGGAGCCCAUGGCGGAGGAGCGUUUUCCGGGAAAGAUCCGACGAAAGUCGAUCGAUCCGCCGCAUAUGCUGCUCGCUGGGUGGCGAAAUCCUUAGUCAAAGCAGGUGUGGUCAAGCGUUGUCUGGUACAAGUCUCGUACGCCAUCGGCAUCGCCGAGCCGCUUUCCAUCACCGUGCUCCCUUACGGCACUUCGAAGUACUCCCAGAAACAGCUCUUGCAAAUAAUUCAUGAGAACUUCGACCUCAGACCUGGAAUCAUCAUGCGAGACCUCAAGUUGACCAACCCGAUCUACCAGCAAACUUCGACCUAUGGACAUUUCGGUCGCGAAAACUUCCCUUGGGAAGUGCCGAAGAAACUCAUCCUGCCUUCAAAAACCAUCGAAAACGAUUUGUAGCAUGGAAUUUGUCUAUCUUCGGCGAAAUUUGACUCACCCGAUUUUGUGUAAGGACCAAAGUAUGUUCUACGUCCAUUUAUUAUGGGAGAAAUUGCGCAGUGGUCCCGCUGCGUCGAUCUGAGUUGCGAAUGGAAACCUGACUGCAGUAUCAUCAGAAUGUUGGUUUCGUACUAUUAAAAAUAUUUCAGUCUCCUUGACUCUCCGCUGCUCGAUCUUAUUCUUGGAGGCGCGAGUAGGAAGUUCCUGUGUCAUUCGGUUCGCGAUACCUUUGUCUCCAAAAUAGGGGCCUGCCGUUCUGAGAGCAAGGAAUGUCUGAUUCCUUAUAAGUAAAAACGCCAAUCAUUGCUCACGGACAGUGAUCAGGUUCGGUCGUUGCUGAUUAUACGGAGAGUCAUGGUGAUACUCGA